AGAGAGAGAGAGAGAGGGCGGGGGUUAGGAGAGUUGAAGAACACAUUGUAUUGACAGCGGCCGUCUCUACUAUUCCGCUUGGAGGACAACAGAAAGUGAGACGCAGAGACACUCGGCUUCACCUGGAUUACGUCGAGAAGGAACUUCAGACCGUCGAGUUGGAGGAGGCGGAUGAGUGCGACAGCCCCGGGAGGGCAAGUGUGUGUGUGUGUGUGUGUGUGUGUGUGUGGGCUCCGUUUAGCGAAAGAUGAACAAAAACCACCGAGUGCCGAGCAACCGAUCUCUGAGCUCCGUGGAGGUGAAGAGCAAGUUUGGAGCAGAGUUCCGGCGCUUCUCUCUUGACCGCUCCAAACCAGGCCGCUUUGAUGAGUUCUAUGGACUUCUGCAGCAUGUCCACCGAAUCCCCAACGUGGAGCUGCUGGUGGGCUAUGCUGACAUCCACGGGGACCUGUUGCCAAUUAACAACGAUGACAACUACCACAAGGCUAUCACCACGGCGACACCCUUGCUCCGCCUCUUCCUGCAGAGGAAAGAGGAGGCAGACUACUCUACAUUUGGCACAAACUCUUUGACACGCAAGAAACCUCCCCUCGCUGCAGUGCUCCUGCGCCCAGACGCGGGCAGGAAGAAGCCAGCCGUAGUCAUCAGCCUUCCCCGAGACUUCCGUCCCGUCUCGUCCAUUAUCGACGUGGAUGUGUUGCCCGAGACACACCGGCGCGUUCGCCUUUACAAACACGGCCAAGAAAAGCCGCUGGGCUUCUAUAUCCGAGACGGCUCGAGCGUCCGCGUCACGCCGCAUGGUCUGGAGAAAGCGCCAGGCAUCUUCAUCUCGCGCCUGGUGCCCGGUGGCCUUGCCGAGAGCACCGGCCUGCUCGCGGUCAACGACGAGGUACUCGAGGUGAACGGUAUCGAGGUGGCCGGGAAGUCGCUGGAUCAGGUCACAGACAUGAUGAUCGCGAACAGCCACAACCUCAUCAUAACGGUGAAGCCAGCGAACCAGCGCAACAAUGUAGUGCGCCACAACAACAACAACGGCGGCGGUGCGUCCGGCAGCUCAGGUCGAUCCUCCGACAGCGGGGCCAGCUACUACAGCUACACGACCCCGGGUGCCACGGCGACGACGCCGGCACACAUCAUCCAGAACUUCCAUCCUGAGGAAGUGGACAGCGAUGAGGAUGAUGAAGACUUGGUGCUCGAUGCAGGAGGUGACAGCAGGCUUGCCUCAGGUUCAGGCAUGGAGGCUAGCACCAGCAUGUCCUCCCUGCCCAGGUACAAGCCUCACCUUGACCUCCGAAACUCCAACGGAACCUUUCAGCCUUCUGUUAUGAGCAGCACCAGCACAGGGUCACUGCGGGGCUCUGACAGAGGUGUGCAGACACGGAGCCUGGAAGAGGACGGCACAGUGAUCACACUCUAGAGACAACAACACACAGCUUAAAUUUCCUGUACACAUGCAGUAUAUAAAAUGAUCUUAACCACAUUAUCCACACACACAGGCAAUUCUUUUGUGCCAUAAGACUAACAAUAUCUCUACUCUGUGAGAUGAAUUCAGAGCAUCAUUUUUUUGGACAUUCGCUUCACAACACAGCACUUCUCUUUAAGCACAGAUCUCCUCCAGCCCCCCACCCCCCCUGCAGGAGGGCUUACACACUUCUCUGCAUAAAUGGGAGCACAGUAAUACGUAACGGACUCGACUCGACGUGUGUGGAAAACAAAAUAAUUGCACAUGUUUACAGGUUUUUCUGGCCUGUGGAACUACAAAGACGGAACUCUCUCUGAGACAUGAUAUCAGUGAUGACAAUCUGUUUUAACGCCCCCUCUCUGGGACUGUGUGAUCCCAACCACAAACAAAUUUUCAGUGACUUUUCUGCACCUCACCAGUGGCACAGUAAAUGCUCUGUGUUUACACUGGUAAUCUAGGAGAAGCGUAUGGAAGCCUGUGUGGCACUGGUUCAGCUGUUUGCUUCCUGGUGAGCUUUUUAUCGAAGGUUAACUAAAAUUUAGGAUGAUUCUACGUUUUCCUGUAUAUGAAUGUUUCUGUAGCUUUUACCUACAUUGAUUGGGAGAUUUAUUAUUAGGCCUGUAGCGGGCCAAUGCUUUUAAUCAUUGCCAAGGACCCAAAAAAAAAACAAUACAUAUUUUUGUAGCAGAUAUUUUAAUUCUUUUUUUUUUUUACCCUUUGUGUUCAUGACACAGGCCAUCUCUCUGCCCUGUGACAUCGUCAGAUUCAUGUGAUUUUUUUCUUAUUCUUUCCUUGAACCCGACACUAAUCGUUGAUCUUCAUCGCAGCUAACAAACACAUCCACUCAUCAUUUUUUACUGUGCACUCUGAAGUGAAGUGUUUCAUGUAUGAGGAGUGUGUUUAUGCCUCUUGGAAUAAUACAGAGUGCGGGAUACUCAACAUAGCAUGGUGUUAGACCACCACCAGACAGCGGUACGUAGAUGCUCGGCUGCAGUAGGAACAAGUGCCGUGGAGAAAAUAUGAACUCUCACCCUCACUGUAGAUCACCGUUGAGCCUUUCCGUAGUUAGAACAGAAGCAGCGGAAAGAUAUGAACACGGUUAGCUAGUGGUUUGUAGGCCUGUGUGAUGUGGGCAUUAGCUGCGUUAUUCUUAUCUCAAAGAUAUGCUCUACAAAGGCACCUUCUAUCAUGGAAAACACACACCUGUACUUGUUUUCCAUCCCUGACUCGCCUAGCCAAACUGCUUAGUUCCAGGACAAUAACGGCUGAGAACUUUCCUUAUUUCAUAAGGAAACACUUAAACCUUCUACCCGAGUAUACACUGCUUCAAGUUAACACGGUUAUCGGCGUGACAUUUCAGUUAAAUCCGUAUGGACGGCCAUUUUGUAAGCUCGAAGGCAAUAUAACAAACACACUAGAUUUCAUAUUAACGGAUGGACCGAAUCUUGAAUGUGCUGAUGUUUCGAUAGACUGCUGUGCCUCAUGUACUCUUAAUGGAUCAUGGAUCUUUAUCCGUAGUGUAGCUUUCUCCUUCUCCUCGCUGAUGAGAAUCAAAAACACUGGUGACCAGAACACAUUCCUCUCCUCCAUUACAUAGCCACUUUAAUAUACUCGCCAUUACGAAGGCUUUUUAUGGUACUGUAGUACGACAGGGUUGUCCUCUCAUCCUAUCCUAUGAUUCCGAACUGUUCUGAGUUAUAACAGGAUCAGAAUGCAUUGUUAAUUUAUUUGGUUGCUAGCCACUACACAUGGGAUUGUAAUCAAUGUGACUGUAUUUAUUUUCGAAAUCAUCUCUACAGAUUUUUAUUUCCUCUCUCACUUUUUUUUAAGCUUUUUGUUUUUGUUUUUUUUCUUCAUAGAGGAUCAUUUCCUCAGUUUGGGGCCACACUUUUUAUUAGGGUUUUAUUUCAGUAGGCUUAAAUUUCUUAUAGAGCAUAAGCUGGACAUAACAUAUCGCUGUUUUCCAUACUGUGAAUUCAUUUCAUUUCUGGAGGAGACCUGAAUGAAUCAGAGCUGAAUGAACCACCUACUAAUGGGCGUGUGUGUGUGUGUGAACUCCUUUUGUUUCUUUUUUUAACAAUGAGCAACGAUUCUUUUGCUUGCUAGAUAAAUCCUAAGGUAUAGAUUUGUACUGAAAUGACCAGUAUUUUCAUAAUGCUAUAUACUGUAAAUUUGUAUUGCAUUAAUUCGACUGUUUAAAAGAAUAAAUACUCUUAUUAAGACAUAGGUGCACAUGUAUACAUUAGUCUACAAGCUGGAUGAAAUAAACUAAUGUGUAGAAAUG